AUGCAGAUCGACGUAGGAUACCUGAUCGGGUCAUUCGAGCAAUUCGGCAAGACGGCAUCCAGGUCCGCAGCCCAUGUGCAGGCCGCGGAUGACGGUCCGGUCGACUUGGCGAUGCGCGCCAUGCUGGAUGACGUUGAGCCCGAGCGGGCCUCGGCCGUCCGGGACCUGAUGCUAUCGGAAUACGAAUAUUCCGACCAAAAGUUCUCCGGCGACCAAGCUGCAUCCCAGUGGGUCCCGGUCGGCCAGCAAGAACCCGUGAGCCGGGCUAUCUCUAGCUGCAUCAAGCAGACCGCAGGUUUUGUGGAAGUGAUCCUGUCGAAAGCGAGUAGGGUUACCUCGCCGCGGGAAAAGGCGAAGAUCGCGCAUGUAUUGCGGGAACUCCACAAGUGUGACACAGCUCUAUUAGCCGGUGGCCUACAGACAUAUGCUCCGACCUGCGCCAACCAGGUCAAGGCGGAUCUCGAUGAGCUUCUGGACUUGGAGCGUCGAUGUGUCGACGCUUACUGCUAA